UUUGUUUUUGUGUGAAUUUCUGGGACGACAGCUAAGCUACUGGUUGCCACUUCCAACAAACUUUAAAAGAAUCGUUUAAUAGUCAAAAUAUAUUAAAUUUCGCAAACGAAAAUGUCUGAAGAAAAAAAGACUGAAACCGAGCACAUCAAUCUAAAGGUGUUGGGACAGGAUAAUGCUGUUGUGCAGUUUAAAAUCAAGAAACACACGCCCCUACGAAAGCUGAUGAAUGCAUAUUGCGAUCGUGCGGGACUUUCAAUGCAAGUUGUACGCUUUCGUUUCGAUGGACAACCGAUCAAUGAGAAUGAUACUCCCACUUCACUGGAAAUGGAGGAGGGCGAUACGAUUGAGGUGUAUCAGCAGCAAACUGGUGGAUUUACUAAAUCAUUCAUAACUGUAUAUUAGUUAAAAAUAAUUAAGCGCAUAAAAAUAGUUGAUAUUUAAGUCUAAUCACAAAAUGAAUACAUAUGUAGCUGUCGAAUCAU